UUUGUCACGAUGCUUCCUCUUCUAUCCUAUCCGACAACUGUUCUCUAUGAGUACUUCGGCAUGACUGUCCCAGCCAUGCUCAGUCUUUGCCGAAGAGCUCAUCGACGCCAGCAGUGCCAUGUACUCUUGGAGGAGCGGCGCCAUAGCAGUCCUGCGGUUAUGGCGCAGGGUGCUUAUGGUAACGGUGCCUCUGAUGUUACUGCCAUUUCUUUUGUCAUCGGAUUCAAACGAAUCCAAGUGCGCCUACGUGGUAUUUGUGAUUGGUCUUUACUGGAUCGCGGAGCCAAUUCCUCUGGGAGCUACCUCACUCCUUCCGAUUGUCCUUCUGCCGCUUUUAGGUGUCCUGUCCACAGAAAGGACAUGCGAUCUUUACAUGAACGAGACCAAUAUCAUGUUUGUGGGAACCUUAAUCGUGGCGAUAGCAAUAGAGCAUUCGCACCUUCAUGAGAGAAUGGCGCUGAAGACACUUUGCCUUCUAGGCACAGGAAUCAAAAGACUAGUACUUGGAUUGAUGCUCAUCUCCAUGUUCUUGGCUAUCUGGAUCAACAAUGUUGCCAUCACCGCAAUGAUGAUGCCUGUCGUGGAUUCUCUCAGUAAAGAGCUCUUCGAGUCAGAUAAGCCAACGCUCGAGGAUGAUAACGAAAGAGCCGCUUUAUCCGACCAGAGUGUGCGAAUCACAGCGAGUACACUACCCCAGCUGUCACCUAAAGAAUCGGAAGGGCAACCAGAAACGUCACUCCGUGUUCGAGACAGAUUCAUGGAUCCGGAAGAAGCACAAAAGAAGCGACUAAGAGUGCUGUUAUACCUCAGUGUCAUAUACGGUGCAAACACGGGGGCUAUCACAACGAUCACGAGCGCCGCAUCGAACAUAGUGUUCAAGUUUGUAGUCGAAGACGUGUACCAAGGCAGGGCCCCGGUGGACUAUGCAUCCUGGCUGUUCUUUGCACUGCCCAUCGCAUUGGCCAGCACCGUCGUUAUUUAUAUUUCGAUGAUUCUUCUACUUGUCUCACGGAGGGCAGACGUUGCUGGUGGUGGUGGUGGUGAUACGUCAACGCUAGCUGUUAUUCAAAAGAAUUACGAUUCCUUGGGACCGAUUCGAUUUCAUGAAGUGGCCGUCUUGACCCUAUCCUCGCUGCUGAUAUUUCUGUGGGUGUUUAGAGACCCCAUGUUUGCCAAAGGAUGGGGGACAUACUUCGGAGACAUGAAACCGAAAGACGCCACUGCGGUGAUGACAGUAGUCGUUUUGUUCUUCGUGAUCCCCGCUCGGCCGAGCGAUCCAGCCCGAAGUCCUGGUCUGCUAACGUGGGACAUCGUGCAAGCGAAACUGCAGUGGAGCGUUAUUCUUCUGAUCGGCGGAGGAUUUGCUCUUGCAGAAGGAACUAGGGUUUCUGGUUUAUCACAUUGGGUGGGCCAGAAGUUGGCAGGCCUCCAGCAUUUAUCCCCAGGAGUAUUGAUGAUCACUCUCUCUGUCAUCUGCUCAUUUAUAUCAGAAGUGAUCAGCAACGCAGGCACGGUCACCAUCCUUUUGCCGGUGUUCGCAGCUCUGGCCGAAGACUCGAAGAUGAACCCGUUGCUCCUGAUGAUACCGGCUACGAUAGCGAGCAACUUCGCGUUCUUACUUCCUGUGGGCACCCCUGCGAACGCUAUCGUUUACGAGCACGCCAAACUCAAAGUGGCGGACAUGGUGGGGCCAGGAUUCAUCGUAAAGUCCAUAACUUUGCUGGUGACUGCGGCUUCCACGUACAUCUUCGGAGGUCUCAUAUUCGACAUGUUCAGUUAUCCGGACUGGGUUGCGGGGAAUAGCACGGAUCCCGCCUUGAUUGGACAUUGACCGCCAUCAAGAAUGUUUCACUGAGAGGUUUCCGUACAAACAGCAAGCUCAGAAAGAUCGACGAGGAGCAGGGAGCAGGACUACGCAGGGUAGUAUGAGAGUGGGAACGGUAGCCCCGCCUGCUUGAUUUUCGCACAGAAGCGCGCGCGCGAAAUCUGCGUCUAGAGGAGGAAGUGCUCCCGCCAUCAUUUGUCUUGGCUUCUUUGUGAUAAGACGGUCGUUUUGUUUUCUUUUUGAUAAGUCGGUUGUCGCCAGCAUCAAGGUCGAACGGGAGAAAAGACAGGUAAAACAGGAGGCGGGAACACUUCCUCCUGUCCCCGCAAAUACCUUGCGCUUUUCUUUUUUGCGACAACUGAGCAGGCGGGGCUAAAGCCGAAUUUUUACUUAUUUUGUUUUACUAUUUCUUUUGCGAUACUGCGCGUAGUUUUGGUUGUGUCUGCGACUAUCCGUGGAGGACUUCAUGUUUCUGUAAAAAAAAAAAAAAAAAUGACGUGCCCUCGGCAAUUUUCAAAGUUCAAUUGAAAAAAAAAAAUUUCCCGUAAUUAAAAACUGUGGAAAGCCUUCCUCAAUGGUGGCAAAAGUUUCCAGAAGGUAAUUGCCGAAAGUCCGACAAUCCUCCGGCGAGUACGUAGCCAGUUAUAAUUUUUUUAUCACCUUAGGUGAAACGCCCUGUUUGUCAACGUAAAUGAUGAGCUACAAUGAGUUACAAUGAGUUGAGAUGAGUUACAAUGAUGAGCAACAAAAGUUACUGUAAAUGACAUCCCACUACAUCGUCAUCACUUAUUCAUUGUUGUUGUUGUUGUUGUUGCUGCUGUAAAUAAUGAGUUGCUGCUGCUGCUGCUAUGCUAAGCACACCACAGGGGAAUCUUUCCGCUGUGGAUUGUUUCAUAACAAAUAAAGUUUCAUAUUCUAUAUAUUCCUCUAACCUAUAUAACGAAAGAUGAGGUGCACGACAGAUGACUGCACGGGCCGCAAUUUAGCGACCCGACCCGUACCGGAAGCCAGGGAGUCUUACCCGACCCUAUCCCGACACUGCUGUCUAAAACUUGGCCUGACCGAGGCCCUGAUGGCAGCUGCAUAGGGAUCUUUGUAAUGCUAUCCGUCCAACAGGUUCAAUCCACACAGUAGAGAUUCAUAAUACAGCGUAAAUCACAUACACCUGGAACGCGUAAGCGCAGCCUUCGAUGAGGUUUGUGCUUGUAGCAACACGCUAGCGUCGAGUCUUGCGCGCCUGUCUGCGGUGCACGCCAUGACGAAGGCGUGGUGAAGUAGAGAAUAACGCGACGCCUAUGCAGUGAUUUAUCCAGACCCCCCCAUACACCCCCCAAAAUCUGGGAUGGGGGUACCCCCUAUUAUUUUGUGGGAGCUAGUGCGCGAUAUUUUGUCUACCGUUUUGCUAAUAGGUGGUUAGUUCCUGUAUGUCGAACGACUUACUGAGAUCCUUCGCUUCAGACUACUGUACCUAUAGUGUUGCUAACCUAUUCUUUAGAUCCCAACAUGUUCACUGUGGGUGCACCUAGAAAGUUAACCUGCAACUGCCUUAACUGCCUACUUGUUUUCCUUAUUUAUAUCUUCCUAUUGUUUAUAACCGCGUGGGCAACCAUGUGUGCUGUAUACAGGGUGUUUCAGUUAAAUUCCCGGGCUAAUGAUAAUUCGCGAACGGAUGCACCAAUCGAAGAACUUUCUUUUUUACAAGUAUCUGUCGGAUACCGCCCACAAGCAGCACACCGUGUGAAUGAGUCCAUGGGAGGCGCUCAUGAUUUAAAUGAAAAAUUAAAAUGCGUUUCGUGAAAAAGCAUAACUUCUAAAGCAGGGCACCGUCGGCGUUAAAAUAGGUAUACCCCUUUUGGGACCUGCAGUGGACAUCUUUUGGAGAACAAUCUGCCACCAAAGAGUGUCAUUUGUUGCAGUAAUUAAUUGGUUUCAGUUUACAUAUUUUUGUUGCGGUUGGUCGCGGUGAAGCGAAACUCAUUUGAAUUUGUAUUUAAAUAAUGAGCGCCUCCCAACUCAAUCACACGGUGCGCAGCUUGUAGGUGGUAUCGGCCAGAUGCUUGUAAAGAAUUGGUUGGUGCAUGCGUUCGCGAAUUAUUUAGCCCGGGAAUUUAACUGAAACACCCUGUAUAUGAUGUUCACAUUGUCCAUCAGUGUUGCUAUCGAAGGAAUGAGGGGCCGACCCUGGUCAAGCGCAGUGUUGCGGCUUUUUGUUCGAUCUCUCUGGCAUCGUGUGUACUUCAUGAUGUUUAAAUAAAGCGAUUCUGACUCUGA